AUGCAGACGUCGUCGAUCAAUAUAUUGACAAUCGGCUUGUCGCUAUUGUGCUUCGUGCACUCUCUUCACAGCGACCGACAAACAUACUCGACGAAUGAUGAAUCGUACAAUCCUCACAAUCUUCGUGCAUCAGACUCAGAGGUGUAUCGUGUCGCAGAACCGUAUGAUCUCUUCAGAAUUUCGAAAUCUUUACCUCAGUACGUGGCACACGUCGAAGAGACGUCGAAGGCUACUCGAGAAGGAAAUCAACUUCGAGAACCUUCGCUCCUGUUGAUCUAUCCUGAGAAAACGUCAGAAGAGACGUAUCCACAGCCGAAAGAAUACGAUAAUUUGGAGUCGAGACAUCGUAGAAAGAACUCCAGUGUAGAUGGAAUGAAUUUUGAAGACGAGAAUACAGAGAACGACGGAGAGGAAAUUGUGAGAAAGAUGAGAAUUCUAGAUCAACUGUUGUCCGAGGAUUCGAAUGGAAAAGAUUUCGAUGUUGACGCAAUUGGAGACGAGAUCAUCCCGGAAGAAUCGAAGAGGGUUGUAAGGGAGGUGAAGAAAAAGAAGCCAGGAUUGUUUUGGUCCCUGGCAAAAGUCACGUUCCAGGCGAUCAACGACACAGCAUCGGCGAUCAAGCAAAUCACUGCCAUCAUCAAUAACAGCAUCGUUCCAGAUUCGGCCACUGCUAGCUCGAUCACGAAGGAAUCGUUAACGGCCGCAAAUUCAACCAGCGUUUUAUCGAACGGAACAGAAACAACGACGUCGACGCCCACGACGACGCCCGUCGUUCUGACAAGGAAGACGCUAGAGAAACUAAUCAGGCGAAAUAUCUUAGGGCUCGUCAGAGUCUUCAACAUCGAAUGGAAGGAAGCGUUAAACGUAAGACGAACUACUUGAAGUGGUGUUCUAUUUAUUCAGCUCAUAUAUUACGACCGUAUAUUUUCCAGCAAUCGGAAACGAACGUGAAAGAGUUCCAGAGGGAUCUAGGGAACCAAAUAGGGAGUUUCUUUCGCGACAAGAGGAACGCUUGA